CAUCGUCUUUGAGAUCAGUCGUGAUAACACUGCGCAAGUGCGCAUCUCAAGUAUCUCCAGAUUCAAAAUCAUAUCCUUUUCAAAACAAAAUGCAUGUAAAAUGUGCUGAAGAAAAAUAAUGUACUUGCGACGUCCAAUCGAUGUAACAUUUUUGAAAACCAUAUUAUCUUCAUGACUUUGUGGAAUUCCUGAGAAAUUGAGAUCAGCUAAUGAAAGAUCAAAAGCAUGCAUUUGAUUAAAGCGUCAAAAUAAGUUUAACUUUCACCAUGGACAUCAUCAACAAAGGUUUGAAGAUUAAUCUUCCCUAUGUAAGCCUUCGAUCUGCAAUGAUUCAUGUUGUGGAUGUUGGCAAUGUUCAAUUACCUGUUUCUUUAAAGAACGCUGAGAAACUUCUGCAGAAGGCUAAACCAACUGUGUCUGGCUGUGGCUUCCACAGAAAAGAAGAUAUCUUAAGAAAUUUAUCCUGGCAAAUUGAUCGUACUAGUAUAUCCAUUCCAAAUUCAUCAAAAUUCCUUGAAAAAAAUAUUUCUGGGUGGAUAAAACUGGUUCUCAGUCAGCAUCAAAUCAACGUCCAAUACGCAGAGGUCAACUGUUCUCUCACGCGAAUGAACCUUUACCGAUCAGGUAGUCGCUACAUCCGUCAUUGCCAUUUGAAGCAGGAGAUAGGGCAUUUUGGUACCAUCAUCCUGCAAAUUCCUGUGGAAAAUGGCCAUGAAGGUGGUGAAUUGCAAGUUGAAUCACAAAUGAUCCGAAAUAGUCCUCUGGAAACAUUGACGUUAGAUCUCUCUUCAGGCAGUGACCAAUCAUUUUACGUCAACUUUUUGAACGUCAAUUGUGUACAUGAGAUGAAGCCGUUAACCCGAGGAUGGCGUAUCGAAUUAGCUUACAACAUUUUGUGGAAACCAGAAGUAGCAACGUUAGUUUUACCGAACAUUUCCUCCUUUCUUGUCACGUUGACAAAGAUGGCGGUCGAGUUGCGCUCGUGGCAAGAAAAAAUGUCCGAAGGCAAACCACCAAAGAUCAUGAUUUUUGGAUUGGAUCAUAAUUACGAUCCUGACUGUCAUUCAUUCUCAACGCUACUGGAUCAGGAUCGUCAGAUGGCCCUUCUGUUAGGUUCUAUCCCUUUCGUUAAUGUUCACUUGGCCCGGCUUACAAGAAAAGUAACGGGUCUCCUUUGUUCUUCGCUUGAAAAAUUUGAAUGUGAUGAUGAUGUGAUGGAGUGUGAUCCCAUUUCCAGUAAAACAUUGAUCAGUAGUGCCACUGGACUGAAAGAAAUGCGUGUUACCCAUUCCGCCAGCCACUGGAUAGGCAUUGACAAUUGUGCUGCCCAGUUUCAUAAUCUGGAUAUUGAUACUCAAGCUCAGUUUGUCAAGCCUCUUUUUGAAAAGAACAGAAAACCCGAUGAAGUGGAAAAUCACAAUCAAGAUUCGAAAGACACCAUCAUAAGCCAUUAUUUUUAUCAGUCCGCUCUCAUUUUAUGGCCCAAAAAUGGAUCUUUUUACAUGGAUAUCCAUCAUCGACCCGAUUACCUUUUGGAUCAAAUGGAACGUGGCGUAUUGCCCAACCCACUGGCGAUCGUACGUGCAAUGAUAUCCCAGUCAAACUGUACAGAAUUGAUAAUCUAUCGCCUUCUCAAUAUCUGCCCAUCGCUUAACGCAAAAACGGAGGCUCUCCAACUACUCAAGUUAAUGGCAGACAAAUCCAUCGGUGUACCUUCUGAAGACGCUGCUGUCCUGAUUAGCGAAGUUGAAUGCAAGUUAAUUGGAUGGCCCGAUUGUGAAGACGCCAUUAACAAGCUGCUGACAUGUAAACCGUACCAGCAACUGUGCCAUUUUGCGACGCUAGCCAAGCAGCUGUUCUUCCGGAACUGCAUCAGCGGUUUCCUAAGUGUAGCAAAUCAGACUUGGAAUUUCUUAAUGGAACAAUUUAGAACAACUGGUAAUUUUAACAACCACAACGCACUCAUUUCUUGCAUUCAAAUGUCCGUUUGUAUCGAGGAACAAUCUAAGCUUGUGAAUCCGUCGAAAUCGGAGCAAUUUUUAUCGUGCUUUGUAAAGUUGCCACUAAUUGAGCAGUGCCACAUUAUCAUCGACCUCAAGGACAUCUACCACAAGAAUGCUACCGGCCAACAUUUUUACUUGAGUCUUUGCAGAUUUGUCGCCGUCACCUUUAACACCUCAUCGUGUAAGAAAUCGAACAUUACCGACUGUGUGGUGGACCUUCUUCGGUGUUUCCUUGUACUUGAUCGCCAUCCUGUGAAUAUCGCAGACAUCUUCAUUGAAAACGUCUGCCGACCAAAUUCGUGCGAAAACAAUCACUUGCUAGAAAAGCUCGUCGCAUCACUGCACAACUUAAAUCUGAAUACCAGAAUGACGAACCAACUUUUAGACUCCCGAAUUGCCGAAUUGAGUCUACUCCGUAAACCGGAAUUCACGUGGAGUAUGAAAGACGUCAAAUUUCCCGAUGCCGAUAAGUAUCCUCAAAUCGUGGAAUUUUUAGAAUCAGCCAGGAAAGACGCGACCAUCAAGCUUGGUUCGAUCGGAAGCAUUCAACAGGCCAAAGAUUUUAACGUUUAUUACUUCGGAGUCAUGGAGGAGUGUGUGGAACGAGGAUACAGCGCUAUGGCGGAGCCUUUGAAAAAAGGCAAGACUAUUUCUUGUGUGAUUGUGAAAACCCGCCACUUGCACAUGGCUCUCGUCCAACAAUUUGAAGCCAAAAUGGAAGAGCUGAAACGACUUGAGCGACUUCGUGCCUUUUAUGAAACUUCGCAUCCGUCCUACGUUGAGUCUGAAUUGGGUGGAUCAACUUCUCAACCUCAAUCUUUAGGUGCGUCCUACGGGAAAACAAAGGCCGCCAAUCCAUUAUUGCGCAUCAAAUUUAAGACACCGAAGAAGAAGAAAAAGUGAAUAUUGUUUAAUGUUGGAGUUAAUCACUAAAGUGAAGACGUUCCCUUUUUUUAAGUUUUAUCAUUCAAGAAACGUUCACUUUCUUUUUUUUUAACAUGUUUAAUUUCUCAAAAUACAUGACUUAGAACUGUGAAAUGGAGUUCUUUAGUUGGAGAAAUGGAGACAUGACGUAACGUUGGACAUUUUCAUGUAGGUACACCUCUCCAUUGCGUAACGUAACGUACAAUGCAUCAGGGACCAUUUCGAGAUCCGAUUAUUCAUUGUCAACUUUGGUGGUAGUUCGAUUCAGAUCGAAUUUCGCGUCGAUUUACCUUCAAACUAUGUGGUAAAGAGAAUUAGACCGUGGAAUCUGUCUGACAUUUAUCUAUUAAGCAAUAUUUUUAAAUUUUUCAGUCCCAUUCGAUUAUUACACCAAAAGUUGCCUAUCAUCUAUCAAUCGACUAAACCGCAGUAUAGGUUACCUAAUUUUCUAAAGGUGUAUAGGUUUUCUCUUUUGUUUCGCUUGUCCCUGUUAAAUAUGCGUAUUUACUUUCACCUCGAAAUGGCAUACAAUUGGAAAGUGACAUUGACAGUCACCAUCACCGCGAGAGUGCAAUUUAAUGUUUAAAGAAACGAUAAUUACUCUGAUCGAACAAACCGCUGUAGAUUUCCUUGUGUCAUAAUUGCUUUUGCAAUUUGUAUUGCGGUUUUACACUAGUUGUAUGUGGGUCUAUUACAAGAUUUGCAUACAGUAUAUAAAGGCGACUUUUCAAACUCAAGUCACAACUCAUUCGAGACUUUUUUAAGCCUGCAAAAAGCAGCUUCUUAGUAAAUAUUAAUUUCCGAAUUCUAAUACUCUUUUAGCAUUCUCCUAGUUACAAUGGCCGUUUUUAAGAUCGCCUUGUUCGUCGCUCUGGCUCUGAUCGUCGUGGCUUACGCCGAGGAUUCCUCCGCGGAUUUGAAGUCUUCCGAGGCAAGGUACAAUGGAUACCAAAACUACAAUAGUUAUGGUAGUGGAUACGGAUAUGGAGGUCGUUACAGAGGGCAAAACUACGGAUAUGGUAACAACAACUACGGCUAUCGCAACAACUACGGCUAUCGCAACAACUAUGGCUAUAACAACUAUGGCUAUAACAACCAGGGCUACAACAAUUAUGGCUACAAUAACGGAAACGGUUAUAGAUAUAGUUCGCCUUAUUACUACUAACGUACACCCUCCACUUUUAAAAGAAAAACAGUUCAUUAUAUUAUAUGAAGGUUUAUUACACUGUAGUUCAUGCACAGUUUAAGUAAAAUACUGCUGAAAUCAAGAACACAAUACACACGCAUUACACAGCA